CACGUCCGGCGCGCGGCGGAACUGGCCUCACUUUGCUUCCGCGGCGGGGCCGGAAGUAGGAGCGGCGGUGGCGGUGGUCCAAAUCGGAGGGAAGGAGGAAAGCAGGGAGCCCGAGAGCGGGCGCCGCAGUCGCAGGGGCGGAGACCCCUGUGCGGUGCGGAGGGGGCGGUGGCCCCGGCUCUGACCCGCGCCGGGGGGGGCCAUGGCGGAGAUCAGCGACCUGGACCGGCAGAUCGAGCAGCUGCGGCGCUGCGAGCUCAUCAAGGAGAGCGAAGUUAAGGCCCUGUGCGCUAAGGCCAGAGAGAUCUUGGUAGAGGAAAGCAACGUGCAGAGGGUGGACUCGCCAGUCACAGUAUGUGGUGACAUCCAUGGACAAUUCUAUGACCUCAAGGAGCUGUUCAGAGUGGGAGGUGAUGUCCCUGAGACCAACUACCUCUUCAUGGGGGACUUUGUGGAUCGUGGUUUCUAUAGCGUCGAAACGUUCCUCCUGCUGCUGGCUCUUAAGGUUCGCUAUCCUGACCGCAUCACCCUGAUCCGGGGCAACCAUGAGAGCCGUCAGAUCACUCAGGUCUACGGCUUCUAUGAUGAGUGUCUACGCAAAUAUGGCUCGGUGACGGUGUGGCGCUACUGCACUGAGAUCUUUGACUACCUCAGCCUCUCGGCCAUCAUCGAUGGCAAGAUCUUUUGCGUGCAUGGGGGUCUCUCCCCGUCCAUCCAGACCCUGGACCAGAUCCGGACAAUUGACCGAAAGCAAGAGGUGCCUCAUGACGGGCCCAUGUGUGAUCUGCUCUGGUCCGACCCUGAAGACACAACUGGCUGGGGUGUGAGCCCCCGGGGGGCUGGCUACUUAUUUGGCAGUGACGUGGUAGCCCAGUUCAAUGCAGCCAACGACAUUGACAUGAUCUGCCGUGCCCACCAACUGGUGAUGGAAGGUUACAAGUGGCACUUCAAUGAGACUGUGCUCACGGUGUGGUCGGCACCCAACUAUUGCUACCGCUGUGGGAAUGUGGCUGCCAUCUUGGAGCUGGACGAGCAUCUCCAGAAAGAUUUCAUCAUCUUCGAGGCUGCUCCCCAAGAGACACGGGGCAUCCCCUCCAAGAAGCCCGUGGCCGACUACUUCCUCUGACCCCUUUGGCCCCUGUCCCCCUCCAGCCCCUCUGGCCUUUGGACCACUGUGACUCUGCCCUCUUCUCCAGACAGAGGCUGGGCAUGGAGGGGUGCUGUCCCCGGCUCUGCUCUCGCCCUAAAGAGGGCACUUCGAGGGUGAGGACUUUCUCUGAAGAGGCUUGGAGCUUCAGUUCCAUGCUCCUCCUCUCCUUUCUCCCCAGUUGAACUAUGAAGUUUCCAAUAAUUUUUUUUCGUUUUUGUUUUUAGAUAAAAAUUUUGAGAAAAAGAAAAGAAAAAAAUUCUAAU